UAUUUGAGUAAAACAUUGAAACGAAACUUUAAAAUGAAUUUUGUAUUUGCGUUGGCAUUGUUUACAUUCGUUGCUAUGGUUACGGGGAGGCCAGCCAUUGAAGAAAAUUCUGAAUCACGAGAAAAUGUUGAAAGUUCUGGAACGCAAAAUAACACAAUUUUUACGACGCCGUGGGAAACGAACAUGAACUUGAAUUCAAACGAUGUGUCCGAAUAUCUCCGUUGUGCAUCUUGCAUUACUGAAUGUGUAAAUGUGCAUAAUCCGUUGAGCUACUAUCUCUGUCGGAAUUGUCUCGCAAGUUGCGCCAAUCGCACUGAUGCUUUCAUGCAGUUUUUCUCGUCUCAUCGAUGUGAGGUCACGCCUCAGCCGGUUUCUGGGCGUGGCAUUACGCCGGAUGAAGUUCUAGGCGGGGUUUUGCUUGCAGAAGACGAGACGACACCCCAACAACAGGUCGCUUCCCCGGGUCCUGCGGAUUCCGAGCACUCUCAAGUUGCGCAAAAUAAAGGACUGAAUUUGCGGAAAGGGUCAAACAAUGACUAUGACUAUUUAGACCAGUACAUGACUAAGCGUUUUUUUAAUAAGAACACCGAUGACUGUGCGGUAAGACAAGAGCAGUUUGAUGCUUUACAUUCAAAAUACGCUCAGUGCCUCACUGAUUUGGGGAAUUGCAACUCGAACUGGCCGGCACAACAAGAGAACACUUAUCAAGGCACCGACCAAAUCGAUUACCCAAAUUACGACGUCGAUUAUCCUGAAGAAUCACCCGAUAAAGAAAGAUCAGCUAUGCCGGUAACGAGUCAUCCGAAUCUCGAUCCAGCGACAUUAUCUGGAAAUACAAAAAACCCUGAUUUGAAGAGACAAGGCCCUCAAACUGGGAACAACAACGAAAAAACAUCGUUUCAAACGGUGAACCCAAAGAUCAAACGCGCCAAUUUGCGGAUUAUUAAGCAUUUUAAAUCCAUGUUCGUAACGACGGACGAAUAUGAGAAACUUUCGAAGGAGUCUUGGUCGAAGAAACCAAAGCAACUCGUGAAUAUCAAAUCGAUUGGACAUAACAGCGAGUAUGAAGAGGAACAGAAGGUCGCAGUCUGCCCGACAAGAUUUAAGGUCCAUUCACCGAUGAAAGUGGCGCACAGGUCUGGUGAUUUCUACGUUGAACUUCUGAGAGAUGACGAGUACGUGCAGCCGUUUAUAGUCGCGGAAUGCUCCUCAAAAAAACCAACAAUCGGACUCCUUGAUAACGCUGAAUGCGCAACAGUUUCGGUUCAAAGAAACGCGGUGAUGAUUAUUCCAGAGGAGAAAGAACAUAUGUUUGAUAACUGCAUGGAAUACGAUGAUGGCAGACUGGCGUGUAGAGACUGGAUAAGCCUGCCCGGUGCCUGUUCGCUAUUCUUGUGAUUAUUGCCCAUAUACAGCGGAAAAGCGAUUCCUACCGAAAGUAUAUAACGUGAAAUACCGGCGCAAUGAGUUUCAAGGACUGAAAGACGAGCGUGGACUUGCGUUAAAAUAAAACAAAUGUGACUUACGUACAUUUUUACGUGUGUUACUUGCAAUACGCGCGUUACGUACAUUAUAUGCUUUUAAGUGUGUUACAUACAUUGUGUGCAUUUGAGUGUGUUACGUUCAUUACGUAACUCACGUGAAAAAUUCCGCGCAUCACGCAAAUGAUAUUUAUAUGCUUGCUAUAUGCUAUAUAUUCAUAUUUAAAUCAGAAUUUAUUUUUAUAAACUGAAAUCGAAGGUAGUAAUGUACACCAUUCUGAGUGUCAUGGUGAUUUUUUAAAACAAAUGUGGCAAGGGGGAAUAUUUAUUUUGAGACUGAACAGAGCAUGAAGUUAGAAUAUCAUUCAUAUUAUUUUUCCGAGAAGUAGCCAUACAAAUUUUGAUUCAGUUUUCAAGUAUAAAUAAUCGAUUUAAACAGUUCAAAGCUCCAUCUCAAAACCAAACAUAAACCGAAAAGAACGAUUACUUUAGAAACAAAGCCUUAAGAAAAAUAUUUUCCCAAAAAAUCAUACAAUCGCCUAAUGUGAAGUGUUCUAGAACUUGAGGCACAAGGAAGAAUUUGAUUUGAAGCCCAAACUUAAAGUCAAACCAAAAGCGGGAUCUGCAACCGCAGGUAAAACAUAAAUCGGGUUUUUCACGUAAUGCUGAUUUUGAUAGUUUCAACCAUAAAUGUCAUGACAUACUUAAACAAAAACAACCUUUAUCACAAGUUUAAAAAUACAAUUCGACGUCAUUCAAGCUAAAUCUUUCUGGGAACGAUCUGAUUUCAAUGGGCGGGCCCUCGAUUAGACACGGAUUAAAAAUGAAAGAACAUGAUAUUUACGCGUAUGAUUUGUGACAAACUCUGUCAAAUUUGACAAUUGAAGACAUAAGCUGUUUCGUAACCAAAUUCUGGUACCAUUCUAAUAUGAUUAACAAAAUCGCUUUGCAAAAGUUUUAUUCAAAUGACAUUCCGGCUCUGCACAUUCCACGCUUUUUCUUUCCUAAAAGUCUGCAAGUCAACCGAAGUACCUGAAUAUUAGUUACUAGAUACAGAUAGUCAAACUAAAUUACUUCAUUUUCAACAAAAUUGCUUUAAUUGUUCCAUGUUUUCUAAAUAUUUGGACAUUCAAAAUAUGAGAAACUGUAAGUCUCAUUCACAGGAAAUGUGCUCCCGUGGAAUAUUCCACUCAAACUAAAUACAACCCAAACCUCCAAUAGGAGUUUUUAUUCGAAUCUUAGUAUAUGAUGUUAUAUUGUUAAAACUUUUACGAGAGAAAUUUUCAGAACUCAAAUUGAAUAAAACGAACCGUAAAUGGGUCACUCAUCUCUCUGAUAAACUGCGAAUUUCAUUAUUCAAACUGUGUCUUGUCAAAUAAUAUUGAAUCCUCAAACAGAGGAAACCAUUUACUAAACCGCCCAUGUUUUCGUUAUCGUUCCAUGAACUGGCUUCUAACCUAAACAACGGCUUAAUUCAAACAUCCUUAAAUGCUAAACACAAACAAAUCGACAUAUAAACAGUUCGGACAUUUUACAUCGAAAACUAUAAACAGAUAUAGGAAUAUUCUUAGCAUAGGUCUCACAAAACUGAGAUAAGCUGAUUUAAGAUCGUUUUUACGCCAUGUACAACAAUUAUGCAAACUACCAUAUUUCGUAGUUGCCAUUGCUUAACACAUUCAUAUUUACCCAGGGUGGGGUAAUGGGACGAUAGAGUACUAAAUUGAUUUAUUGCUAACGUUUUGUUUCCAGUCUUAUGAUUAUUAGGCCAUGAUGUAAAAUUUCUCGUGAGAAUUGAUUUUUAAGAACUUCAGUCGAUGAUCAUUUUUGAAAUUGCUGCAACAUUAGAAUGUUAAGAGAGUUUUAAAUGUGAAAUUUUUAUUUAUUAUUUACUUUUUAUUCAUGCAAACAAUGUUUUAUCAGUUGUAUUUGUAUUUUCUACUUUAACCCUGAAUGUUUUUUGUCAUUAUAUUAAGUCCUUUACAUACAAGGGACUGCUCGUCCACAGCCGAGUUCGGGACCAAGAUUCAACCUCGGCCUCAUUAUUCCAUUUUGAAAAUUGCGUUCCCAACCAGGUUAUAAUAACACAAAGGAGUGUUCCCAAACAUUUAUUUUGAUAUUCUUCUAUUGGCGCUCCUGAAAUAUGCGUACCAAGAUAGCGGACACCGGAACGUAGUAUUUGUGGAAGGUUACUACGGGAGUCACUUGGCUAGUCCCCGAACUCGUAAUAGAAUUAAAUAUUGAAAAUUAGAAAAAAAUUAUAGCCUAACCCUAACCUGAUACACAUACUACGUACGCAUACCGUGGGAGCACCCUUUUAUUUAUAUCUUGUUUCGAUGGAUAAACACCGGAGGCCAUGGUUACAUCAUGCUAAUAAUUUAUAUCAUCAAAUAAUUUUUUGAUAUUUUUGUUUGUGUUUAAUUUUUACGUUUUAUAACUUUUGAACGCAAAAUUACGUGGUAUUUCACAUUGCAAGGCAUAUACAAUUGCUGACAUUAUUUACGUAAAGUAAAAGAUCGGAGUAUAAAAAAAAGAUUACUUUCGGACAAAUUUGCGAUCAAGACAAUUAAUUAAAAAAUGUGCUCUCACUUUCAUAAAGUAUUUUUAGAAAACAAAAUUUUACAAUAAAAUCAUAAUUUAUGAAACGGUUUUCGAAUCAAAUCACUUCGAAAACGAGAAAGAAUUGUAGAAUAUCAAAAGCUGGCUUCUAAUUAUAACAUUUUUUCAAUUUCACAACACCACGGGGAAUCCCUCAUAAAUAUUUUUUACCAACCCCUACCCCUCCAACAAAAUUUUAACACAGUAAUAUUCACACCCUCCAGUUUGUAGAAAACUUUUAAGAAGGUAUAUUCUGUUUUGACGACAUUGGGAAAACCCCCUCCCAAAUAUUUGUUAUUUUAUCUUUAUUCGUUCGCAUUCCAGUUUCUAUAUUAUUUGCUAUUUAUUUCUAAAUGAUCACUGUACUGUUACGCAGAGGUUUUUCUGUCAA